GUAUCCAUAUCUUUUAUCGUAAAGCUUUCUAGCCUUUCGAGCCUCUCCUCACAGGGCAAGGGCGCAUAAGCCGGGCCCUCGCGGCCGCGGUGAUUCCAUCUUCCCAUCUUACACCACAAAGCCCACCCAUCUGACACCCUACUCGCACCGGACUGAUCUGGGAGAGCCUCGGCGGACUAACAACUUUGAAAUCAGACUAGCAGGAUGGGCCGCACCGAGUUACGCAACCUGGACGGGCACGGGCAGGCGGUGCUCAAGCAGAUGAAGAGCUUGGGGCUGCGGAGGGCGGCGAGGUCGUAUGCCGCUAACCUGCACGCCAUUGAUAGUAUGAGCCAGCUGACAAUUGCCAGCGACGCUCCGUUUGAGGACACGACUGAGUAUGGCCAAGAGUCGACUCUGGCCAUUGACGUUCCCGAAUUCAGCUACCACAGCGACGUGGGCAGCGACGCCGACGAGGGCGAGCACUCUCUAGCGUCCUCCGCCAGCCAGGAGUCGCCUCGCCUGACCUUCCCCAGCCCCACUGGUCUUGACGCGGAGGAUUUUGAGUUCCUCCAAACAAAAGGGCUCGAGAACUGUACCUCGCUGAAGCAGCUGGGCUCAGGGGGCUACGGCAAUGUGGACCUUGUGCAGGUCUCACUCCCCUCAGGCCGCAACAUCGUGGCCGCGCGCAAGGUCAUCCACUCGCCGCUCUACGGCCUCGCCCGCUACGAGCGCGAGCUGCGCGGCCUGCUGCUCGGCGGCGAGUGCCCGUUCAUGGUCGAUGUGUAUGCUAGCCGCUGCAACGAGGACGCGGGCCAGUACGAGUUCCUGCUCGAGUACGCGCCCAACGGCACAAUGGGCGACAUGCUCAAAGCCAUGGAGCAGCGCCGCCGCGGCAAGGAGAAGCUGCUCAUGCCCGUCAACCGCGUGCAGUACUACGCGGCGUGCCUGCUGCAGGGGCUGCAGUUUGUCCACUCACGGGGACAGGCGCACCGGGACAUCAAGCCGGGCAACGUGCUGAUGGCUGCCAACGGUCGGCCCAUGCUGGCCGACACGGACUCGAUGGACGCGGUGACGGUGACCAAGCGCGCCGGCACCACCUCGUACCAGGCGCCGGAGCUGUGGCGCGCCUCGCUGCAGGGCGAGGGCUACACCACCGACCGCGCCGACAUGUACGCGUUCGGCAUCACGCUGGCCGAGAUUGCCUGCUACCCCGCGGGCGGCAACGGCAAGCUGCAGCAGCUGAAGGACGACCCAGCCGCCAACACGCCCGACUACGUGCCCGCGGACCUGAAGGACCUGUUGUGCGGCCUGCUGGCAGCCGUGCCCGGCAAGCGGCUGACGGCGGAGGCCGCCAUGAAGCACCGCUUCUUCCAGGGCGUGGACUGGGAGGGCCUCAAGGAGGGGCCGCUGGGCAUGGCCGUUCAGCUGCGCGCCGCGCCCGCGCCCAGCCCAUAAGCCUGUGGCAGCGAAACUUCACUCGCAGCUCCUGCGUGCAGCUGUCGGUGCACUGGCGUAGCCAGUGACAGAGGCGGGAGUUCAGUUGUGCGUAUUGGCGGGCUUGGGGAGGCGGACGUUGUGCCUGCGUGCGGCGUUGGUCGCGGCCAGAGCUAUUAAUCCCUUCGUCUUUGAUCCGGGUCUCUCUCUUGAUUAACACCGUUAGCUGCGGGUAGCAACUUGCAUGCGCAGAGGGUACGGCUUAUGGUAUGCUUGGUGUAUUGUUUAGAGAACAGAUUGGAUUCAGAGAGAGAAUUUCCUUGCUUGCAUCGAGUGCUUCUUUGAGCGACUAGCUAGAUUUCUUUGCCCUUAGUUUCCGCAUCGAAAUCACGCUGCCUUCUAUUUCGCGACCUCCAUACGUAUUCUCACAUCGGAACCUGGCGGGCUUCGGACAGUAUGGCGGCCGUGCCGCUGGUGGUGGGUUUCUGAAGGACUUGAGGUGGUGUGGGGCGAGGUUUACGCACGGACGUGGGGUAGGGGGCGCCACGGACUCGCGCCCCCUGUGUGGUACGUUUGUGUGUGUUGUGCUGUGCCUACGAGAAGAGAACCUCCGUCAAUGCGUGAUGAUAAAGUCUGUAUUCUGAAAGAGACCGCAAUAAGGUAUGCCCGCCGGGAGGAAUUCUUCCAAUGGGUAAGGUCUAGACCAUUCUUGGUUUGUUCCUCUGUUUAGUCCGACGACGAGGAUGGGGACAGGCGACAACUAGAGCAGGCAUGGGUUGCAAAUUACGUGCAGAUAGCUGCGCGCUUGGGCAGUAGGUGCAUGAUUGACAGGUGGGCGACAUGCGGUGCGGGCAAGUGAGGAGUGCGACUGGGAGAAGCCUACUUGAUUUCAACGUUGACUUCAUCCGCGGGAUGGCACAGUGUUUGAUUUGCGCUGAGUUAGUGUUGGUUGGGCCUAAAAGUAUUUGCACACACGUUGCGGAGGUAAGGGUUGCAAGGACUGCUCCACCAAGGGAAAGGAUGAGGUGCCUGCCUACGCGGGUGGCCGGUCGCUGCCAGUUGUAGGGGAGGGCAGCGUGGGCAGAGGCAGGGAAGGCGGGAUGCGGGCUGGACAGGCGAGCAACAGAAUGCUUGAAACUUGAAAGCGGUAUCUGGUGACAUGAUGAGUUAUGGAUGACUGGGUGUGAUGGAAUGCGUGGGCGAUUGGUGUGGUGUGACAGAGAAGGCAGCCGGCAGUCGGUUUUUGUCAGACAUUGGCUAGCUCAGAUGAGGGGAUGCCCUGAUGUGUGUAUAACAGGAUAGAGCAUGGUUGCUCCUUCAGUAUGCCGGUGCAGGCCGAGGCAGGAGGCAGGCAACUUGCCACCUGCUGAACAGUUCGGACGUUUUGGGUCGUCUCCGCAGGGAACAUAGCACCCCAAAGUGUGCAAAGCGGAGACGACACAUGGCAUUAAGGAAGCAACAAGCAGCUCCGUGUAACAAAAGGCUGUG